AUAUUUCCUGCUUUCCCUAAACGACGAGAGAGCGAAAGGGGUGGGCAGGGGAUUGCAUGACAUGCCAAUAAAUUACAGUGACUUCAGUGGAGAGUACUAGUGAUGAGAUGAGGACCGACCACACAACUUUCCUUCUGACAGCCGCAUCCUCUGGUUCUCCGGCCAUUAGUUCUGGAGUAAAUCUCAACGGGAAGCAACAGGAGUUGAGACUGUGAUGCUGCAGCAGCAAUGUCACAGCUGUAUUACCAAACACAUGACAACUCUUCAUACAGGGACCGCAUCCCCCUGCGGAUUGUACGGGCAGAGUCUGAGCUCUCUGCCCUAGAGAAGGCCUACCUGGGGGCUGUGGAGAAGGGGGAUUAUGCCAGUGUGAAACAAGCCCUGGAAGAGGCUGAGAUCUACUUCAGGAUCAACAUCAACUGUAUCGACCCCCUGGGCCGCACAGCUCUGCUCAUUGCCAUUGAAAAUGAGAACCUGGAGAUCAUUGAGCUGCUGCUCAGCUAUAACGUAUAUCUGGGGGAUGCCCUGUUGCAUGCCAUCCGCAAAGAAGUGGUGGGGGCUGUGGAGCUGCUGCUGAACCAUAAGAAGCCACGUGGGGAAAAAAAGGUCCCACCAAUUCUUCUGGACAAACAGUUUUCAGACUUCACCCCGGACAUCACUCCAAUCAUUCUUGCCGCCCACACCAACAACUAUGAGAUCAUUAAACUGCUUGUUCAGCGAGGUGUUUCCAUACCUCAGCCACAUGCUGUGCGCUGCAACUGUGUAGAGUGUGUCUCCAGUUCGGAUGUGGACAGCCUACGUCACUCACGCUCGCGCCUCAACAUCUACAAGGCCCUUGCCAGCCCGUCUCUCAUCGCCCUCUCCAGCGAGGAUCCUUUCCUUACAGCUUUUCAACUCAGCUGGGAGCUUGGGGAGCUCAGCACAGUGGAGAAUGAGUUCAAGUCAGAGUACGAGGAGCUGUCCCAUACGUGUAAACAAUUUGCAAAGGACCUCUUGGACCAGACCCGGAGCUCUAAAGAGUUGGAAAUAAUCCUCAACUACCGUGAUGACAUCGACCCCCUGCUGGACGACAGCACAAAUGAUCUGGCCCGACUCAAGCUGGCUAUCAAAUAUUGCCAGAAAGAG